AUGAUGAGCUUUGCUGUAAUGAUGAUUUCCGCAACCACUCCAACCACACAAUCAUCAUCAACAUCUACCAAUGGUUCUACUCCAUCCACAAACACCAUCGCUAUUACAUGCCCAACAGACAAUGAAAUGGUCUAUAACUUUAAAUCAUCCACAUUAUUGGGAACUCAACCACAUCUCCAAAACGUUGCUUCCAUCAAGAAGGGUUCCGCUCAAGAAAACACAUUGAUGGGUCAAAUGACAUUUACCUGUGCUGGAACAACAACAACAAAUGAUAAUAAGAAGAAGACCCUCGUUCUUGUUCAAUUCCCUUCUGCUCAAUUUUUGCAAUUCCAAGGUAUGAAGAAGUAUGGAAAUAUGGACAAGAAGGACGUUGCUUUUUGGUUUGGUAAGAAGAACCACCAUAAAUUGACUUCUGGCACAAGUAGUACUUUGAAAAAUGAAAAGCAUGUUUCAAAUGGAUUUGGUAAACCAGAGGUUAGAAAGUACCGAGUUUUGAAUAAGAGACAAAAUUUGGCUACCGCUAUGAACAAGUUCCCCACAGCUGUUGUCAGAAAUUCGAACGGACAAAUCACUCAAAUGAUUUUCCACAAGGAAGAACCAAAAUGGGUUAAGAGUGUGAAAAAGGGUAUUUUGAGAAUGCUUACUACUGAAACUAACAAGGCUGCCAGAAAUCAAACUGAUGGUUUUGGUGGAAAGUACGCUCAAAAGUACAACAAGAAGGUCAAGAAGAAUGACAAAGUUGCUAUUUCUCAAUCAUUCUCUCACAAGGACUUUAAGAAGAUUCCACUCCAAAAGAAGCACUUAAAUUAUGAAGGUUCUCACAUUGUGACUGUUAACAAGAAGGGUUUGAUUACUAAGGCUUUGUUCGGCACAAGAAUUUCAUUGGGUAAGAGAGAAUUGGCUCCAAUCUUCCAAACUUUCGAAAAGAAGUAUGGCAAGAAGCAAAAGUUUACCAACAAAUCUGGAAAGGAACAAAUUCAAGCUCUCCAUGUUGGUAAAGUUGUGUUGAAACAUAUCAAGAAGCAAAAUAAGGUGAACGUACCAAAGAUUGUUUCCACCUUCUUUGAAGUUAAAAAUGGUUCUGUUGCCAUCAAGCCUGCUUUUAUUAUUGAAAAGACAUUUGGUAUCACAAAGGCUGAUAAGAAAGAAAUUAGAAAGUUGGUCAAGAAGCAAUUCAAGCCAGUCAAGCUUAUCAAGAUGUUGAAGUACAUUGAGAAGAAGUACAAGCCAACUCCUGAAAUGAACAAAAAGCUCACCAAGGUUGCUGAAAUGGUCAGAAAGAAUCCAAUCAAGGCUGCCAAGAUCUUGAUUAAGAAUUUGGAAAAGGGUGUUGAAAAGUUGAACAAGUUGCUUUCAUCAGAUGAGAAGGCCAAGUCUUUGAUUCCAUUCCUUGAAAGUAUUCAAACUUUGAUUGCCACUAUUAACAGUACCAAGAUUCAAGAUAAGCUUGUUGAAGUCUCCAAGACUCAUCCUGUCCUCACCAAGAAUUAUAUUUAUUCUUCUGUGUUCGUCAAGAACCCAACCAAGCAAGUUCACAACUUUGUCAAGUCCUUGGCUGACUCUGAUGAAAACGCAUUCCUUGCCUAUGCUGAUCUUGCUGACAGACUCAAAGACAAGUCACUCAUUGAUGAAAUUGUUUCUGAAAUUUUGAACAAGAUGAAGAGCGCUUCCAGUGCUGACCAACUCGUCUCUGCUUGCCAUGCUUUGAACAAUGCUGGUCGUGGAGUUCCUCUUUCUAUCAUUAAGCAUUUGAUCCUUUCUGAAUCCAUCCCAUCAACCAUCAAGAGUUUGGUUGCUGACAAUUUGAAGAAGAGAGGUAAUGAUACUCGAGUUGAUGAUUUGAUUCACUUCCUUGUCAACCACAAGAAAUUGGAUGCCAACGUUAUUGCUUCACUCAUUUCUUGUCAAACUACUAGAGAAGGUCUCCAUAAGAAUGGUACUAGUGUUUGCCCCUUCACCAAGUUGUUGAAGCACACUAAGAAUGAUCUCAUUAAGCAAGCCAUUCACACCUACUUGUAUACUGUUGGUAACAAGGAAGCUGCUGAUGCCAUGGAAAUGUCCUUCCAAGAAGAAAUUAAUGCAUUCACUACUCACUCACUUGCUCAAUCUGCUCCAGAGUCACAACCUGCCUACGAAGAGCCACCAGCAACCUGGGAACCAGUAAGCGUUGACGCUGAUGAAGAAACCAAAGCUAGAAAUAGAGUCGAAGAAGUUGCAUACAAGAUCAAAUCCAUCUUUUCUGCAGCUAACUGGAAUGGAGCUCAAGCUUCAUGUGUUCCUGCUUCCAGAAGUGAGCAAAUUUGUGUCUACAAUACUGAAAUGAUGAAUUUCAUUAACAAACAAGGUGAUUUGAGCAACAUGGCCAAGGCCAAAUACUACAGUUAUGAAAACAAGUUCGGUACACAAGGAGUCAAUUUGUACACUGGUAUUCUUGUUUAUGGUGGUGCUAACUUCCAAUGUACUAAGGAAUCUGCAUUUGAUGUUGUCUUCUUUGGUAGAGCUGCUGCAGAGGCAAACAUUUUUGAUUCGACUUAUCCAGUUGCUAGUGCCUAUGUUGAAUUGAACAAUAGAUCUCCAAGCAGUAUUAACAAUCGAGUUUAUGUGAAGAUUUUCACCACUACUUUUGUUGACAAGCCAUUCUUACCUUCAUUCUCAACAUGUAACAGUGAAACUAAGAAUAUUUUGACGAAGGCCAUUCCAUCUCUUUUCAAGACUAGUUACACAAUGGCUAUUGGUCCUGUUCCAAUUACCUUCUCGAUCGGUGCUGGUCUUACUUAUGGCGUUGAUUUCAAGUAUGGAUAUUGUUUGAACUCAUUCUCUGCCAGUACAAGUUUGGAACCAACUGUCACUAUUGACAUUACUGGUUCAGCAGAUAUUGGAAUUCCAUUGGCUAAGGCAUCUAUUCAAUUGAGAGCAUCAUCAACCUCAAGAGGUAUUCCAGAAUUGUCAUUUGAAUCAUGCAAUUUGUGUGCUAGAAUGAAAUUCAACCAAGAGGCUGCUAGCUUCACUGCUCUCCUCCAUGGUAAGGUAGCAUUGUGGGAAAAGAGCUGGAAUCUCUAUCAAUACAAUUUGCCACAAACCUAUUCCAAGACUUUGUACGAGCAAUGUGUUUCAACAAAGUUGCAAAGUUGGUAA